AUGUGGCAGGUAUUUCGCUACUUUGAUGUACUCAACGCCUUGACGAACGGCACGUCUCCCGUCUUCGCAGCAUCCUCAAGUCGAGCCUACUCACCGAGCACCCCGCCACCAUCUAUCGGCUCCGGUGGAAUCGAUCCUAUAUUGGGAAUGGCCGAUGAUCUUUGGCCCACCAUGCACCGUCUUGCAGAGCUCAUGGCGAUGAAACGCGAGCUUCAAGCCGCCACAGCGAUGGGACAAACCUCAAAAUUCGCCGUCCUCCGUACCGAAUAUCAAACGGCAUACAAAGCAAUAGAGAAAGCCCUAGAGUCAUGGAGUCCGACGUUGCCGCCAGGUUUUACCCUGGUUAACCGUAUCGUUGACGGCCCUGAGAGCGCAUCAGAGGCAGAGCUUGCCAACAUCCGGUGGAUCACAAGUACAGCACUCGCAUACAGACAGAGCGCUCUGGUCUUUCUUUACAGCAACGUUUCGGAGUACCCUUCAUUACAUCGCUUGGUGCAGAAACACGCGCAGGCUGCUCUGUGGCACUGUGCGGCGUCAGUGUCUCAUGGCGGAGCAGGACUCUCCAUGCUGUGGCCACUCUUCUUCUCUGCUUGCCACGCCAUAUGCAGCAGGGACAGAGGCUUGGUGCGUCAGGCAUUCACUGCCUUUGGCACCAAGAAGGGUGUGGUUGACACGGAAAAGCCGUGGGCUGUAGUCAUGGACGUGUGGAGAAGGAUGGACAUGCGAGCAUACGGCAAGGAGCAAGUGGGUUCUGAGGCCAGUCCAGACUUGUGGAGGCAAGUGGCGGCAAGCAUGAAGUUUGGCCUUGUGUUUGGCUGA